UGGCCGCCCUGGUUGCCUUCAGCAGGAAGAAUCGCCACAGUUUAUUUACUGUCCCUGUCAUCAGCAUCAGAAAUAGGUUUUCUUAUUAAAUGUGGCAGAAAUCAACCCGUAAAUCAGCGCAGUCCGUCUUCAGAGUGUCACGUGAGACUGAUAAAGGGGAAGCUAACCGGACAGCUAACCGCUAACGUUAGCCGGUUAGCCCGCUGCAAGGUGCCGGCAGUGCCCGUCUGAGUGAAUCGUUGCAUGGGGGAGUGACUGUCGGCCAUGAUGAGCGCGGAGCCGGACGCCCUGGCCGUGGUCAACCAGCUGCGGGACCUGGCCGCUGACCCCAUGAACCGCCGGGCCAUCGUACAGGACCAGGGCUGCCUGCCGGGACUCAUCCUGUUCCUGGACAACCCCAACCCUCAGGUCGUCUACUCCGCCCUGCUGGCGAUCCGGUACCUGGCAGAAUGCCGAGCCAACCGGGAGAAGCUGAAGGGGGAGCUGGGGAUGAUGCUGAGCCUGCAGAACGUCAUGCAGAAGUCGACGACUCCCGGGGAGACGAAGCUGCUGGCGUCGGAGAUCUACGAGCUGCUGCAGGCGUUCGGCAGCGACGGCGCCGAGCAGGCCGAGACGUCCGUCAGCAGCCGGCGGAAAGCCCAGUUCUUCCUGGGCUCCAGCAACAAGAGGGCCAAGACCGUCAUCCUGCACAUCCAGGGGCUGGACGACUCGAGCCGGAGGAGUCUGUGUGAAGACGCCCUGCUGAAGAUCCGAGGAGUGAUCAGCUUCACCUUCCAGAUGACCGUCAAGAGAUGCAUCGUCCGAAUCCGAUCGGACCUGAAGGCCGAGGCUCUGGCGUCUGCGAUCGCGUCCACCAACGUGAUGACGGCGCAGCAGGUGGUGAAAGGAGAGAACGGAGACGAGGUUUUGAUCCCGCUGGCGACGGACGGUUCGGUGACGGUGGAGCAGAACGCGGCGCUGCCGGACUACCUGCCGGAGGAAGAGAGUCCGUCUCUGGAGCCCGACAAGGCGGUGACCCGCGUGGGAUCGGGCCAGGACGGGAGCAGCUGGCUGGGCACCGCCACCAACUUCCUGUCCCGCUCUUUUUACUGGUGACUCGCUUAAAAACCCCUAACCCGCCUCGUCUCAGAACCUAAACCUACCCGGCUGCCAAAUCUCACCGCUGUCUGUUACACACACUCAACCGUGGAGGUACGAGACAAGAACUCUUCUGUUCUUACCACUGCACUUUUGAAUAUGUUCCCUUAAUGGUACAGUAUUGUUUUUUAAGAGGCCAGAACUGGACCUUUUGACUAAUUUGAGGGUAUUAAAUCAAAGAGAAGGGGACACGGUUGCCUCUCAAAAGGAAACCUCUCCUGCGACAAACAUUUGUCCCAUUUAGGAACUCAACGUUACUUCUGGAGACGAGAAACAUGAGACCAUCUUCUUGGAACAGUGAGAGCGAAAGCAGGAUGAUGGAAACACGCCACUGUUAACGCCAUUGUAAACCGGUCCGUCAAGACACCAUGUGAGUUGCGCACGUGCCGAACGGCCGCCGUCUUUGACAGCUAGCUACGGCAACGCCACAAAAGACAAACCACAUGGUUGCCGAGCGAUGCGAUACGCGAAAACGGUCCAUAAAUACUCACGACUAACAUCGUGUCUCAACGGGGUCUCUCUGUUCCAAACCAAGUUGUCUUAACGGGCUGGAAGUGAACUGCUGUGUGUGUGUGUGUGUGUGUGUGUGUGUGUGUGUGUGUGUGUGUGUGUGUGUGUGUGUGUGUGUGUGUGUGUGUGUGUGUGUGUGUGUGUGUGUGUGUGUGUGUGUGUGUGUGUGUGUGAACUGAACAGGACGUCCCGUCUCGUCCUCUUACCUUUUUAUUGUUCUUAUUUGACUUUUCUUCCACAGUUUGACGUGCCUUCAGUUCCUCUGAUCCACUUUCAGCUUUAUAUUAUUUAUUGUUAUUUCAAUCAUAGGCUCUCAACACUCUUCUGUUGGAGGUUUCCAAAUAUUAUCAUGCUUCAUUACACUU